UAAGGGUUAAUUAAUUACGGCAUCAUUAUAUUAUAUCAUACUCCGUAUUAUAUUUUCAACUUAAUUAAUUGAAGUGCCAUUUAGUUUGUGGUUUGAUCCAUAAAUAUUACAGAGACGACGAUAAUGGAGGAGCAUCAAUACACCACCACUUUUAUCCUUAGCGAAGACGAUGCAGCUUUGACAGCUACAUGUGGUGCGGAUUCGAGGCGUCAUUGCCACGUCCACUUCACGUACGAGAUUGUCGGACUGGAGUCGUACGAGGAUUCCCACACCUUGUGUGUCUUCAGCGACUUGCUCCACGCGCCAGAGGAGCAACGUCAUGACCUUUUCUGGGAGGAGCUCGCGACAAUAUGGCCCAUCGACGACGAAGCCAUCAUCCACUCCAUCGCAGACGCCGUCAUUGCUCGGGUCGCCCUGCAGUCCGUGUCGAGCGUUCGGGUCGACAUACGCACCACCGCCUACGAUGAGGUUUACGACGACGCCUUGGAUAAUUUUCCUGCUGCGGCGGAGCCGGUGGUUUCGCUGGAAGUGAUCCAGAUGUCACUGAAGAGGAAGAGAGUGGAGGAGUGCGGCGAAGAGGGGGUGGUUUGCUCCAUUUGUCUCGACGGAGUGUCGUCGGGAGCGGAGGUGGCGGUCAUGCCCUGCAACCAUUCUUCAUUUCACUUGGAUUGCCUUUUCACUUGGUUGCACAGAAAUCGCUCCUGUCCUCUCUGUCGUCGCCAGAUUUCCGUCUGUGAUUCUUGAUACGAUCGAGCUAGUAGCUUACACAUUAUCUACAUGCAGGGCUUAGUGCUUACGCAACCAAAUUGUUAAUUCUUCUACAAAAUUAACUUUUUUAUCAUCAUUAAUACCAUGUACAGUUUUGUUUAAUAUAAUCAUUAAGGGCUUUAUUUUAUUUCUAUUAAUAGAGAAUUUCUUCAUGAUAUGUGUAUCGAUCUAGGUGAUCAUUGAUCAAGUCUGAUCAUCAUUUACCCUUUAACAAAUUAUUAUUACGAAGUAUUAUGUGCUUAUCAGUUAUCAGAAGAAUAAUAUGCAUUCUUUU